AUGAAGUUGACAGACAAGAUUAGCGCCCGUGAUGCGUCUAAUCCAUUCUUUACUUUCGAGUUUUUUCCUCCCCGCACAGAUCAGGGCUUCGAGAACUUGAUGUCCAGAAUCUCGCGAUUGUCAUCUCUGAAUCCCUUGGCAAUCAGUGUAACAUGGGGCGCCGGAGGAUCCACCAAGGAUCGUAGUCUUGAGCUCGCUGGAUUGACCCAGCAUAGUGAUCUGGACACCAUCUUGCAUUUGACAUGCACCAACAUGGAAAUAGGCCUCAUCGACCAGGUUCUAAGUGCGGCAAAAGAUCAGGGGAUACACAACAUUCUUGCACUCCGGGGUGAUCCUCCCCGAGGCGAGGAAGAAUGGACAGCAUCUGAUCCUCGCUUCACCCGUGCUGUUGAUCUUGUUUCUUAUAUCCGUUCCAUUCCCGAAUAUUCGUCGUGGUUUUGCGUUGGCGUAGCAGGUUAUCCUGACGGCCAUGCCGACAAUCCGGUAGACGAGGACACAGAAAUCAGCCGUCUCAAAGAGAAAGUUGAUGCUGGUGCAGAUUUUAUUAUCACACAGCUCUUCUAUGAUACAAACCAUUUUUUGUUGUGGUACAGAAAAGUUAGGGCAGAAGGUAUCGAUGUUCCUGUGAUUCCUGGUAUUAUGCCCAUUCAAACCUACUCGUCGUUCUCAAGAGUGACGAAAUUAUCGGGUGCCCGUGUUCCCGAAUCAGUAUCAGCGGCUCUUGCAGCUAUAAGCCAAGACGAUCGACUUGUCAAAGACUACGGUGUAAAGCUGGCGACGGAAACUGUUCGUAGGCUGAAUUUCGAAGCAGGGAUCAAAGGUUUCCACUUUUGCACCUUGAAUCUAGAAAAAAGCGUACAACGUGUAUUGGAGAACUUGGGUUGGGCUGGGUCACCUUUUUCCACUCAGAAUAAACUCAUAAUCGAUUCGUCCUCCAAUCCCCCACCCUCUAACAUUGAUUCCACGCUGGUGAUAUCCCCGUCCAGUGCAACUAAUUCAGCAACUGUUGGUCUGUCAACUUUGGCAACCAGUGAAGGAGAGGCCGGCCAAGGUGAACUUAACAACGCUGCAACUUGGGAUGAUUUUCCAAAUGGUCGCUUCGGCGAUUUCAAGAGUCCAGCCUUUGGAAACCAGGAUUUAUAUGGCGGAUUUGGCAUUUCUAAAAACGAAGCACUUGCUCUUUGGGGUAACCCCAAGGAGGCUUCAGAGCUAACCCAGAUAUUUCUCAACUAUCUUCAUUCCAAAAUACCGACCACACCAUUCUCUCCUUCACCAUUGUCUCCAGAAUCGCAGAUGAUCUUUUCACACCUAGAAAAUCUCACUAAACGAGGUUGGUGGACCGUGGGAUCGCAACCAGCAGUGGACGGGACAGACUCUUCGGACGAUGUGGUAGGCUGGGGGCCAAGGUCAGGAUACGUUUUCCAGAAAUGUUUUGUGGAGUUUUUCUGUGGUCUGAAAGAGGUUGAAGAGAUCGUAAAGAAGAUUGAAGAAAAGGGGAAUGGAUGGGUGCACUACUUCGCUGGUGAUUACAAGGGUGAAUUCCGUACGAAUGUCCCCGCUAAUGGAAGAAAUGCUGUAACAUGGGGUGUUUUCCCCGGGCAGGAAAUAGCGCAGACCACGAUCAUCGAAGCGGAAUCGUUCCUUUCCUGGAAGGACGAAGCAUUUUCUAUUUGGUCUGAAUGGGCAUCUUUCUAUCGUCCAGGUUCAGAAGAAAGAAAACUUCUUGAGGGUGUAAGGGACGACCGUUGGCUGGUUAGUAUUGUUCACCACGACUACAAAAACAAGGACGCUCUGUGGACUUUUUUACUGGAUGGCCAUUGA